AUGUUUCUCAAAAGUAAAAAAAUUUCAAAAACUUUACUUUAUUUAAUACCAUUGUCGACGACCUUUUUCCUUUACUUUGCCUGUUUCCUUCCAGCCAUCGCUUUCGGGGUCCUCAACGAUCACAACACUCACGGCAAAAUCGGCGUCAAUAAGGUAAUAAUGGGGCAAACGAUCGGCGGUCUCUUUUUCGCCAUUUUUGGCGGCCAACCGCUUAUGAUUCUUCUAACCACUGCCCCACUGGCGCUCUACAUAAAAGUCAUUUCGAGCAUCUGCGACGAUUUUCAAUUGGAUUUCUUCGCCAUGUACGGAUGUGUCGGCCUCUGGUGCGCCUUUUUCCUUUUGAUCUUUUCGCUGUUUAACGUCUCGCGGCUGAUGCACUGGUGCACCCGGUCUACCGAGGAAAUUUUUGGCCUUUUCAUCUCGGUCGCCUUUUGUGUCGACGCUUGUCGUGACAGGGACAAAAACUUUCAAAAGAAUUUCUACUCAUCCCAAUGUCAAGGGGAAAAUGCCAUCACAAACAUCACCAACAGCCUUAGCUCAUCCUUGGCGUUUUAUUCGUGGAAUGACACUAGGGCCAAUGACUCUGCCGAGGCUAUUGCUUAUGCUUAUCCUAAUGAGGAGCCAAUGGGAGUCGAGUGCAACCAGGCGAGUUCGGUGCUUUUCCUUCUGUUGAUGCUGGGAACCGUCUGGCUGGGCGUUUCCAUUUUCAACUUUAAGAAAACACCGUUUUUGUCGGCUGGAAAACGGGAAAUCCUGGCAGAUUACGCAUUGCCCAUCGCCGUCGUCACGAUGAGUUUCGUCGGCUCAUUUUUCUUCCGAGAAGUUAAAGCUGAGCCAUUCCGUUACGAUGACAGUGAAAAUGUUUUCACUGUGACGCCCCUGGAGCGACUUCCUGGACUGGCCAUUGCCGGGGCAAUGGGAUUAGGUUUCGCCUUGUCGCUUCUCUUUUUGAUGGACCAAAAUAUUUCGUCAGCCAUGGUCAACAAGCCACUCAACAAUUUGAAAAAAGGACCGGCAUACCAUUGGGAUCUAUUUGUCAUGGACAUUCUAACGGCCGCCUUAUCAGCUGUCGGCUUGCCAUGGAUGCACUUCCUUGUUCCGCAUUCGCCCCUUCACGCCCGCGCGCUGGCUGAUGUCGAGGAACGAAUCCAUCAGCUGGGCCACGUCUAUCAAAUAAUUGUGCGAGUACGUGAGACCCGAUUGAUUGUCCUUUUCUCCCACAUCCUCAUUGGCCUGUCGAUCAUGUUGUUGCCUUAUCCGAUGGCCUACAUUUCGCCGGCCGUCCUCAACGGCCUUUUCCUUUACGUGGCCGUCACUGGACUCGGUGGCAAUCAAAUGUUUGAGCGCAUCUCUCUCUUUUUCACAGAGCAAUCCGCUUAUCCGCCCAAUCACUACACCCGCCGAGUUCCGCAGCGCAAAAUCCACCAAUUCACUGGAUGCCAGUUGGCCCAGCUGAUGCUCAUGUGUCUCUUUGGAUUCGUUCCUUGGCCUUACAUGAAAAUGAUUUUCCCUGUCAUUCUCCUUUCACUUCUCCCUAUUCGCCACUUGAUUGUCCCUCGUGUAGUUGAGGAUCGUUUUCUUAAGGCCCUGGAUAGUAGCGAACAUUAAAUUUUCCAGUUCCUUCUUCCGUACUUGACAUCGUGGGAGAUUUCAUUUUUGACAGAUUAUACUUAUUGUUUAGUCUUUUGAGUUUUGAUCAUCUAACAUGAAUUAAAAUUUCGGUUUCAUGGAAUUGAACCGUUUUGUAUUGUU